GACUGGCCCUUCCCCACGGUGGGGUCUGAUGGCCCAACCCUUGGCAGUGCCGAGGGUUUCAAGAGUCACUCCGAACUGUGGGAUAAUUGCUCCUCGCUCAAGCCUCUGACGAGCUCCCGCCUUGGAAGCGCUCGCCCUGUGAGGCUGGGGCUGAAACGUAGGGCGGCCCCCGCUCUGGCAGGGCGGGGAGGAGCCGAGCGCCCCGUGCGCCCAGGGGCACAGCGAGCCCCGCCAGACAAAGCCCGCGGGCGAAUGCGAACGCGGCAGCGGCGGCGAGCACGGAGGGGACUUUAAAACUCCCCGGCGAGCCCUGCCCGAGCCACUCGGCGCGGAGAGGCCCCUGACCACGGAGCCAGGCCCCUAGAAGGAAGGCGGGCUCGGACCCCCAGCGCAGCCUACGGGCGCAGAGUGCGCGCAGGGGGGCGGCUCAUCCCCAUCUGGGCACCUGCGGGCGCAUCCCCCCAGCUCGGCGGAGUGUUGCCUUGGGAGUCCUCAGCCGUGCGGGCCGGCCCGGCGGGGAGCGGGGGAGCCAGGCGGGGGGCUCCAUGCACCUGCCCAGCUCCCCUCUGGGUAUGGCGGACGGGAGCUUCUCUCUCUCGGCCCAGCUGGGCAGGAGCCCCGGCGGGCCCCAGUCCCGGCUGCACAGCAUCGAGGCCAUCCUGGGCUUCCCCAAGGAGGAUGGGCUGCUGGGCUCCUUCCCGCCCGCCGCCGGCCCGCAGGCCCUGAAGGAGGCGGACAAGCGGGGCUUGCCCGGGGAGCCGGCGGCCGGCCAGGAGAGCGGGGCCGAGGAGUACGAAGAGCCCGGCUGCCCCCAGCCUCCGCAGGAGCGGCUCAGCCCGCCGGCCCCGGACGCCAAGCUCGCGGAGGAGGAGCAGCCCAAGAAGAAGCACCGGCGCAACCGCACCACCUUCACCACCUACCAGCUGCACGAGCUGGAGCGAGCCUUCGAGAAGUCGCACUACCCCGACGUGUACAGCCGCGAGGAGCUGGCCGUCAAGGUCAACCUGCCCGAAGUGCGCGUGCAGGUGUGGUUCCAGAACAGGCGAGCCAAAUGGAGACGGCAAGAGAAACUCGAAGUCACUUCCAUGAAGCUGCAGGACUCCCCUAUUCUCUCCUUCAGCCGGUCCCCCCAACCCUCCGCCAUGGGCACAAUCAGCAGCAAUUUAUCGCUGGAGUCUUGGCUUACCCCUCCGAUGGCUAACAGCACCCCUCUGCAGACUCUGCCCGGCUUCGUGGCUUCCCCCCAAAGCCUCCCCAAUAGUUAUACCCCGCCACCUUUCCUGAAUUCGCCGCCACCCAUGGGCCACACCUUGCAACCGCUGGGGACAAUGGGGCCUCCACCGCCCUACCAGUGUGGGACCAAUUUUGUGGACAAAUUCCCUUUGGAAGAGGUGGAUCCUAGGAACACCAGCAUAGCUGCGUUACGGCUGAAAGCCAAGGAGCAUAUUCAGUCCAUUGGGAAACCGUGGCAGACAAUCUGAGGCGACAUGCAGCCAGCCACUCCAAAACAGAGGACUCUUCCAACAUGGCUGGUACCUCACCCCAGGAAAUAGAUACUAGGUCUCUCCUCUGCCGCAGGCAUGUACUUGAGACGAAAGAACAUCCUCCUAGCCCACGCUGCUCACAUGCCACAGAGCUAAGCACUACAGAAAUGCGUUUCUUAUUCAGGUCCCAGUAGCCUCCCGCUCCUAAAGUUGCUUUGUUUGUACUUUUGUCCCUCUUAUGUCCCUAUGCAGACUAGGGUUUGAUUCUAGUUUAAAAGUCUAAUAAUUUUGAUAUCACUUGUUGGCUGGACACGUGGUUGUAUUAAAAACGACAGUAGGGUCCGGGAAAUGUGUAGUGUUAGGGGGGUUGUAACAUUAAAGAAAGACGACUUUAAGACCACGCAUUGUACGUGUUGAUUCCAAACCCAUCUCUGCUAAAUAUGAUCAGUAGUGAGUGUGUCGUCUUGCUGCGUUUUCCUUUAGUACACAGUCUAAUUGGGCUCACUUAAACCAGUGCGUUGGGAAGGGGCAACCUGCAUAGAUCAGGGUGUCCCGGCCUGGAGAACCACUGCAUCACACCAUUUUCGCUCUCCACAAAUAGAGAGAAAAAUAUAGGGCGGUGUUUAACUAGGUAACACGCCAGUAGGUGUGUUCCUGACACAUUUCCAAUGGAGGGAGAUCUCUUUCCAAUGUAUGUCGCUGUCACCCAGACAACUUGCAAGUAUGUGUGUAUGCCAGCCCACCAGGUUAAAACAGAUGUGAGUAACAGACCAGGGCCCUCUGUUUAAAUUCUAAUUGCCUUUCUCUUCCUCCCGCAUUUCUCUGUUUCAGGCAAAAUGCCAUUUUGCAAAAAUUACGGCCUUGUACCGAAAUGACACGGAUUUGGUGCACUCGCAGAAAAAAAAGUAAGGGAGGCCUGUAGGUUGUAACCCACCCGUGUGGAAGGCUGUGAAUAUAAUUUUCCCACCCUCUCCGAUCUGCUGUAGCUGCCUAGUCCAGCCAUUCCCCUACAUCCCUCCCCAGCUGUUGACUGUGAAUAAAAGUCACUGCGCUACGAAACCCGGACUGCAAAGAUCAAAAACUCAACCGGGGCUUUUUUUUAGAACCAGCUGGAUUCUAUUCGUGCUGUCCCUUCCCGUGGUCCGUUCUUCCUCCGCUGAACACUUCCUGUCAGUCCUGAGCCUAGGCGGGGUAAAUCAAAAGUAAUUUAAAAAUUCCCACCCCUGUAAGGGCUUCCUCCUGCCAGUUGCUGAGCGAGUCACAGCCCAGCCAGUAGGCAAAUACCUGCUGAAUGUUAAGUGUCUGAUUAGCCCAGGGCUGUCAAAGCAAAAUGCAGGACAAUGUAGCACUUUAAAGACUAACAAGACGGUUUAUUAGAUGAUGAGCUUUCGUGGGCUGUCAAAGUUACUGCUGCUUAAACCAGGGAUUGUUUCGUUGGCUCAGGUGCUGAAGACACUGCCCGUAUCUGCCUCCAGCCUUUAUUGAGGGGUUGUUUGUAAUUGACACGAAUGGAACUGCUUCUACCUUGCUGUAUUCCAAGACCUGCCUGCUGGAUCAAAACGUCACUCGUACCAGUAGUGGAGCUACACGCCUGCAAAACCCCAGCGCAGGCAGUCCCAGUAGGCCGCCAGGCUGAGCGAGUUCAGCCCCUCCAACCAAGGGGCCUCAGGCCAGAAUUAUCCUUUCCUGCUCCACCUCAGGACCAGUCAGCAGCCAUAUGGCACUGCGAAGCGGAGGCUUCAUUUUCCUAUAGCCGGGGCAGGGAAUGUGGGGUCUUAAAUGGGGGCGGUCUAGUGAGUUUUGACGUCUGAGAGGUAGCGGGUUAGUCUGUAACUUUAAAAACGAGGGUAAGAGAUUAAAAAAAUCAUGCGAGGAAGUUGGUUUUGCCCAUGAAAGCUCGUGAUAAUAUAGAUAUAGGAUCAAUGUGUUAGUCUGUACAGGACCCCUUGUUGUUAGUGAGUUUUGAGUUAAGAUCACAAGGUUCCUUUCUUUCCUCGUGCACUCGGGGAAAAAAAUCCCAAAACCUCUGAGCCCCCUAACAACCCUUCUGACCUGCUUAACAGUUGGAUUCUGCAUAAAAUGAGAGAGUGAACAAAUAUCUCCCGAUAAGUGUAUAAAACCUUGCGGCAAGAUUGCAGACCGCGAGUCACACCGCCAAUGUUAAUCCUGCUGCUGGAAAAAUUUAGAACAACAAUAAUGGUCCUGCAAUACCUUGGAGACUAACAAAAAUAUGUAGAUGGUAUGGUGAGCUUUCGUGGACACAACCCACGUCUUCAGACGAAUGGAGCAAGGGCAUGCGGGUACUUCCAAAACGAAGGUUAGGUGUGAAUUUUCCCAAUAGACCCAGCUGACCAGCACAAUGUCGAAUUGAAAUAAGGAAUCCCGGCUGAGCAAUGAGUCCGCAUUAACCUUUUCUGUCUUAAAUCCGGAGAAUUAAAGGUGUCUGCACACCUGGGUCCUCUCCUGCCAGUCUAUUUUGCUAAAAUUCUUGCGGUUUUAAAUUGCUAGUUUACAUGUUAAAUCCACCUCCUCGUUUACUUCUCCAGUUCGCUUUGCACGCAGGGUGACGGAAUGAAGUUAUUGUCUGAAGUUGAAAGUGUGGGACUGUUGCCCUUUUGAGAAGACAGGAGAAGUAUUGGCAUCCUCGGGACCCACCCUUUUGCCCCAAACUCCUUCGAGUUUUGGAAUUCCUUCAUUGGGCCUGAUCCAAAGCUCUCGAAGGCAGUGGAAAGUUUCCUAUUGACUUCCAAGGAGUUUUGGAUCUGGCCCUGUCCAUGUGAUUCGCUCUUGGAAAACCAACCAACCUGUAUUGCAACUCGGGGGUAGAAAGGGGCUCACCGAUGUUUCUCCUUUGUAAGAGAAACCAGAACUGCCCACCGGGUGUGUCAUCAUCCCCUGUUCGGGCUGGCUGGGCCCGCCUACGGGACCGGGAGCCAGGAACCCCCCUCCUCGUGCCUCUUACACUCUGACUUUAGGUAAGUGGAUUCACUUCUCAGGGACCCAGGCUC